AUGAUUGUAAAGGAGCAUGCUGUUGGUACUGAACUGGUGAUGAGUAAUGUCAUUGGGGAGGAGGAAAUUGAUUUUUCUUGUGAUCCAUACGUAGGGUUGGAGUUUUUCAAUGCGGAUGAUGCACUUAGGUAUUAUAUAUCAUAUGCUACUCGAAUGGGAUUUAAAGUUCGUAUUGGUCAGCUUUAUCGGUCCAGGACUAAUGGAUCGGUUUCUUCUCGAAGAUUUGUGUGUUCGAAGGAGGGACAUCAGCUCAGCUCAAGAACUGGCUGUCCAGCAUUCAUAAGGGUGCAGUUAAAUGAUUCUGGGAAGUGGGUUGUUGACCAUUUUCACAAGGAGCAUAACCAUAAUCUUGAAAAUGAAAGUGAAAAUUUCGCUCCAACGUUGCAGCCGAUAGCUUCUGCCACGGUUGAUUCUUCAACCGGAAUCACUCGCAGGCCAAGGAAGAAAUUGCUUGAAGUAGGCAAUGGUGAACCUAUUUCUCCUUUUGGUGUUAUUAAUUUCAAGCGUCUGAGAAAAGAAGAACUUGAAGGACAGGCCAGGAUCGAACCACAUGUUGGUCAAGAGUUCAGUAGCCCUGUUGAAGCCUACCAAUUUUAUCACACCCAUGCAGCAUAUAAGGGUUUUAGAAUUCGAAAUGGUCAAUUGUUUCGUUCUAAAAAUGACGGGGGUAUUACAUCACGACGCUUUGUGUGUUCAAAAGAAGGGUUCCAGCACCCUUCAAGAGUUGGUUGUAAGGCCUAUUUAAGGAUUAAGAGACAGCCAUCAGGAAAGUGGGUAGUCGACCGUCUUGAAAAAGAUCAUAAUCAUGACCUGGUCCCUGAAAAGGAAACUAGGACAGCAAGUCUUCCUGCUUCUAAUAUUUUAACUGAGGUGGUAAACACUGAAAUGGUGAACAGCGACAUGUUUAGGAUAGAUAACUACCCUGUCCUGAGAGGAGGUAGACAAAACCACAUCAGAAGUGAUUGGUAUAACAUGCUUUUAGAGUAUUUUCAGUCAAGACAAGCUGAAGAUACAGGUUUCUUUUAUGCCAUGGAAGUUGAUAAUGGUAAUUGCAUGAGCAUAUUCUGGGCUGAUGGCAGAUCUAGAUAUUCAUGUAGUCAAUUUGGCGAUGUCCUCGUUGUAGACACGUCGUAUAGAAAGAGCCUCUCUAUGGUACCAUUUGCUACUUUUGUGGGGGUUAAUCACCACAAACAACCUGUCCUUCUUGGAUGUGCUCUAAUUGCUGAUGAAUCUGAAGAGUCGUUCACUUGGCUGUUACAGACAUGGCUAAGAGCAAUGUGUGGUCGGCAGCCUCUGUCAGUAAUAGCUGAUCAAGACGUUUCAAUCCAGAGAGCAGUAGCAAAAGUAUUUCCAGUAACCCAUCACCGCUUUUCAUUGUGGCAAAUUAAUGCAAAGGAACAAGAGCUUGCAGGUCUGAUGGGUCAUGGAUUCACAAAAGAUUAUGAAAAGUGUGUUUACCAGAGCCAGACAGUUGAUGAAUUUGACACCGCGUGGAAUGCUCUACUCGUAAAAUAUGGAUUGAAGGACAAUUCUUGGCUAAAAGAAAUGUACGAGAAACGUGCAUCCUGGGUUCCGUUCUAUAUAAAGAGCACAUUUUCUGCUGGAAUUCCUUUGAAAGAAAGCAUGGAAUCAUUCUUUGGUGCACUUUUAAAUGGUCAAACACCUCUCCCAGAGUUCAUUCAACGGUACGAAAGAGGUCUUGAGCGACGUCGUGAAGAAGAAAGAAAAGAGGAUUUUAACACUUCUAAUUUUCAAACUUUUUUGCAAACAAAAGAACCUGUAGAAGAACAAUGUAGAAGGCUUUACACUCUAGCAAUAUUCAAAGUAUUUCAAAAAGAGCUUUUGCAGUGCUAUAGUUAUCUUGGGUUUAAAAUCUAUGAAGAAGGGCCCCUUAGCAGAUAUUUGGUGCGCAAGUGUGGAAAUGAGGAUACGGAGAAGCAUGUAGUUACAUUCAAUGCAUCCAAUCUUGACAUUAAUUGCAGCUGCCAGAUGUUUGAAUAUGAAGGUGUUCUUUGUAGACAUGUGUUGAGGGUUUUCCAAAUAUUGGAAUUAAAAGAAGUUCCUUCACGCUACAUUCUACACCGCUGGACCAGAAAUGCCGAGGACGGUGUUUUUCCCGACAUAGAAUCAUGGAGUAGCUCCCAGGAGCUAAAAAGUUUGAUGCUAUGGAGUCUAAGAGAAACGGCAUCUAAAUACAUAGAUGCUGGCGCAUCAUCCAUUGAAAAGUAUAAACUUGCCUAUGAGAUUUUGCGCGAGGGUGGGAGAAAGCUGUGCUGGCACAGGUGA